GCAGCCGCGCUGGUUUCCGGCGUUCGGUGUCGCUUGACGGCAGAAGGAGCAGAGAGGGAGGAGGGAGGACAACAAAGGGGUGUGAGGGGCCGUGGCGGCAUGUGAGGGGCGGCGGCGCCGGGGGCGGCUCAGCAGGUGGGAAGAAUGAAAGGAAGGGGGAAUGAAAGAAUGUUGAACCUUUUUGUUUGGCUGUAUGAUGGAAGGAAACAGGACAGAGAACCUCUGCAAUAGAUCGUUCGGAUGGCUUCAGCGAGAAGAGAAUGAUGCUAAACCAUGGCUAUGGAAACUUUCUAAUUGCUUUUCUGCUGCUGAAAAGUCUUUGCCUUGUAGUGCGAAAACGAAGGAUUACAUGGAGAACAAGCAAGCUCCUGUGGAAUUGAAGGAUGCUUCAUCUCCUCAUAAUGCUGGCUCUAAACUGUUUCCUGCAGUGCCGCUUCCUGAUGUUCAUCCUCUUCAGCAACAGCAAGUUCAGCUUUCACCUGGCCCAAAAGUAAGCUGCUGUGCUCAUGGCUCUGACUCUCCUUGUGCUCCACAGCUGCACUGUGGUGGUGGUGGUGGUAACUUGGUUCACCCUGGCACGAUACUAGACUCAAAAAGCACUGGGACGAUUACUUGUCAAGUGGGGUCAGGAUUUGCUUAUCAGUCUGUGUCUUCACUGAAGAACCCUCCGGCUAGAAGCAAUUUGGCAGGUGUUGUGAGUGAAUUCCCUGGCAUGUGCUUAGAAAACAGUGUGUCCUCCUGUCAACAUCUGCCCUGUUGUGGAAAACUCCAUUUCCAGUCCUGCCAUGGUAACGUGCACAAGCUGCAUCAGUUCCCUGCUCUUCAGAGCUGCGCAUCUUCUGGCUAUUUCCCAUGUUCUGAAUUCACGAGUGGGGCUACGGGCCACUUGGAUGAGCACGUUGCACAGUCGGAGCUGCCGUCACACGUGUGCGCCAACCCUUUGCACCUAAACAUGGCACCUUCGGUUUGCUUGAAGGGCUCUCACUACUGCAGUGACUGCUUGAGCAAGCCAACCAGAAACAGCCUUGUUGAUGCUGCUAAAAUCUGGCCAAAUAUUCCUCCUCCAAGUGCCCAGACUGCGCCUGUCCCUAUCCCCAUAUGUAACGGCUGUGGAACCAAAGGAGCAGCGACCGAGAAGAGUUUGCUACUGGCGAGCAGCCUUGGCAAAUCACCACAGAAAUAUGGGUCUCCUGAAGUUGCAAUAACAGGCCAAGUCCUGGAAAACUUGCCCCCCAUUGGAGUCUUCUGGGAUAUUGAAAACUGUUCCGUUCCCACGGGCCGUUCAGCCAUAGCAGUUGUACAGAGGAUUCGUGAGAAGUUUUUUAAAGGUCACAGAGAGGCGGAAUUCAUCUGCGUGUGUGACAUCAGUAAAGAAAAUAAAGAAGUUAUCCAGGAGCUAAACAACUGCCAGGUGACUGUUGCACACAUCAAUGCUACAGCAAAGAACGCUGCUGAUGACAAACUCCGACAGAGCCUGAGGAGAUUUGCUGACACACACACCGCGCCUGCCACCGUGGUUCUGGUGUCAACGGAUGUAAACUUUGCUUUGGAACUCAGUGACCUGAGACAUCGACAUGGUUUUCGUAUAAUUUUGGUACAUAAAAACCAAGCUUCAGAAGCACUCUUACAUCAUGCUCAUGAGCUUGUUUGCUUUGAAGAAUUUAUUUCAGACUUGCCACCAAGGUUACCACUGAAAAUGCCGGCAUGCCAUACGCUAUUGUAUGUUUAUAAUCUGCCAACGAACAGAGACAGCAAAAGCGUCAGUAACAGACUCAGGCGUUUGUCGGACAACUGUGGAGGGAAGGUGCUGAGCAUUUCUGGAAGCAGUGCAAUCCUCCGCUUUUUAAAUCAAGAAAGUGCUGAACGGGCUCGCAAGCGAAUGGAAAAUGAAGAUGUUUUUGGUAACAGGAUCAUAGUGUCUUUUACUCCCAAAAACAAAGAAAUUAAUGAAACAAAAAGCUCCAGUGUUGUGGGAAGUGAAAAGGUGAAGUCUCCCAAAAAAAUUAACAAGAACACAAAGCUGUGCCUCUUCAACAAAGACUCGAGUGAUCAGUCUUGUGGUACCAAAGGCUCUGCUGGGAGAGGAUUCCAGAUUCCUAUCAGCAAACCCACAAAUGUUAAAAGUUUACAGGAGCUGUGCCACAUUGAAUCAAAGACCAUCAGCAGAAAUACUGAAAACCAGCAAGAACACUUAAGAGAACAAAUUCCUUCUCCUCAGAGUAAUUCUAAUGCAGCAAUUCCUGUGUCUCUGGCAAUCAAAAAAAUUGGAAUGGGAGAAUCAUCCUGUAAAAGCAGUCAGAAAAGAGAGAUGUCUGCUUCCAGGAGCAGUACCAAUUCCCCUGUAGAUAAAAAAGAGAAAGAUGAAGCCGUGUUUCAGGUCAGCUAUCCCUCAGCUUUCAGUAAGCUGACAGCCUCAAGACAACUCAGUCCUUUGCUGGCGUCUCAGAGUUGCUGGUCAUCGCGGAGUAUGUCUCCAAACCUCUCAAAUAGAUCAUCUCCGCUCACAUUUAACAUAGUAAACCACACCAGUGGUACAGACUGCCCUGAUCCUUUUGCAAAUGGUGCAGACAUUCAGAUCGGCAAUAUAGAUUACAGAUUGUCCAGAAAAGAGUUGCAGCAAAAUUUACAAGAAAUUUUCUCAAGAUAUGGCAAGGUAAAAACUGUAGAGCUCAGUCCUCAUACAGACUACCAGUUGAAGGCUUCAGUUCAGAUGGAAAACCUGCAAGAAGCAAUCAGUGCCGUCAACAGCCUUCACAGAUACAAAAUUGGCAGCAAAAGGAUCCAGGUGUCAUUAGCAACAGGAACUGCUAGUAAAUCACUCUCUCUCCUCAGCUCAGAAGCUAUGUCCAUUCUGCAGGAUGCGCCUGCUUGUUGUCUUCCUGUGUUCAAAUUCACAGAAAUCUAUGAAAAAAAAUUUGGCCACAAGUUAAUUGUAUCAGACUUGUACAAACUGACGGACACGGUGGCGAUCCGGGACCAAGGCAGUGGGCGGCUCGUUUGUCUCUUGCCCAGCAGCCAAGCCCGGCAGAGCCCUCUGGGCUCGUCCCAGUCGCACGAUGGUUCAUCCGCAAACUGUAGUCCUAUCAUAUUUGAGGAGUUGGAAUAUCACGAGCCUGUUUGUAAGCAGCAUUGCCUGAAUAAAGACUUUAUUGAACACGAGUUUGAUCCAGAUUCUUACAGAAUUCCUUUUGUGGUUUUGUCUCUGAAGACGUUUGCUCCCCAAGUUCACAGUCUUCUACAGACACACGAGGGUACUGUGCCUUUACUAAGUUUUCCUGAUUGUUAUAUGUCAGAGUUCAAUGAUCUUGAAAUGGUGCCAGAAGGCCAGGGUGGUGUUCCCUUAGAACAUCUGAUUACCUGUGUUCCUGGAGUUAACAUUGCCACGGCCCAAAAUGGCAUUAAAGUGAUUAAAUGGAUCCAUAACAAACCACCACCUCCUACUACAGAUCCGUGGCUUCUACGUUCUAAGAGCCCUGUAGGUAACCCACAACUUAUUCAGUUCAGUAGAGAAGUGAUAGAUUUACUUAAAAGCCAACCGUCCUGUGUCAUACCUGUCAGUAAAUUCAUCCCUAUGUACCAUCAUCAUUUUGCCAAACAAUGCCGAGUGUCCGACUAUGGAUAUUCUAAAUUAAUGGAGCUGCUGGAAGCAGUGCCUCAUGUAUUGCAAAUUCUUGGUAUGGGUUCCAAACGCUUGUUGACUCUGACACACAGAGCUCAAGUGAAGCGCUUUACGCAAGACUUACUGAAGCUUCUCAAAUCCCAGGCUAGCAAGCAAGUGAUUGUGAGGGAAUUCUUACAGGCUUAUCACUGGUGUUUCUCAAAGGACUGGGAUGUUACUGAGUAUGGAGUCUGUGAACUGGCUGAUAUUAUAUCAGAAAUUCCAGAUACAACCAUCUGUUUGUCACAGCAAGACAAUGAAAUGGUAAUUUGUAUUCCCAAAAGAGAACGUACACAAGAAGAAAUAGAAAGAACCAAACAAUUUUCGAAAGAGGUGGUAGACUUACUGCGCCAUCAGCCCCAUUUUCGAAUGCCCUUCAAUAAAUUUAUUCCUUCCUAUCAUCACCACUUUGGUCGUCAGUGCAAACUUGCUUACUACGGGUUUACAAAACUACUUGAACUCUUUGAAGCCAUACCAGAUGUCUUACUUGUAUUGGAAUGUGGGGAGGAGAAAAUUCUCACACUUACAGAGGUGGAACAAGUGAAAGCAGUCGCUGCCCAGUUUGUGAAGCUACUGCGUUCUCAGAAGGACAACAGCCUGAUGAUGGCUGAUGUACUGAGCGAGUACAGCAAAACCUUUGGGUACACCCUGCGGCUUCACGACUACGAUGUCAGCUCGGUUCCAGCUUUAAUGCAAAAGCUUUGCCAUGUCGUAAAGGUUGUUGACACAGAGUCUGGCAAGCAAAUUCAGCUGAUCAAUAGAAAGUCUCUGCGGACCCUGACUGCCCAGUUGCUGGUGUUGUUGAUGUCCUGGGACGGAACGUCCUUCCUCUCGGUGGAACAGCUGCGACAGCACUAUGAAACAGCCCAUAGCACUUCGCUUAACCCCUGUGAAUAUGGAUUUAUGACCUUAACUGAACUCCUGAAGAGCCUGCCUUACUUGGUUGAGGUUUUUACCAAUGGUGCAGCAGAAGAGUACGUGAAGCUUACAAAUCUCUAUAUGUUUGCAAAGAAUGUAAGGUCUUUACUUCACACUUACCAUUAUCAGCAGAUUUUUCUUCAUGAGUUCCCAGUAGCAUAUAGCAAAUACACAGGAGAAGUGCUGCAGCCUAAAGCGUAUGGAUGCAACAAUUUAGAAGAGCUCUUGGGAGCAAUUCCACAGGUGGUCUGGAUUAAAGGACAUGGCCAUAAGAGAAUUGUGGUACUGAAGAAUGAUAUGAAAACUCGCUUUAGCUCACCUAGUUUUCCCCCUGUUGAUCAUGUGGAUGAUCAUGGAAAUCAACUUGCUGACAAUAAUGGACAUAUGGAGACCCCAGGAUCCACUUCAUCAAUGGAAUUAAAUCUAGGAACACCUAGCAAUGUUUCUAAUCAAACUGAGCAAGAACUUCUUUGCCUCACAAACACAUCUCCCAUUGACCUCUUGUGUGAGCCAGUUCCUUCCUGCCUCCCAUCCCCACAACUGCGCCCCGACCCCGUGGUUCUGGAGUCCGCAGACCUCAUCCAGUUUGAGGAACGCCCGGCACCUCUCGCUGAGAUAAUGAUUUUAACAGAAGAAGAAAAACAAAUUGUUCCCCCAGGUCAAGAAAAAUUGGCCUCUGGUUCCGUGGGAUCUCCCAGCACAGAGAACACGUCGGUGCCUCCCUGCCAGUCCUCCGAAACCCAACCCAGCAAGGAAGCGAUGGACAGCCCAGCCAAAAAACAACACAAAAACAAGGUGAAAUUGGCAGCAAACUUCUCACUUGCACCUGUAACCAAGCUUUAACUCUUUAUUUUUAGUGUGAAAGACAAAUACCUAUGGACUCUGCACAAAGUGAAGCUAUUUGCUAGCCCUUACGUAUUUUAAUGAAAGGCCUAGAAGAAUUAAUUUGUAUUUAAUGUAUUCUGUGAAGAUUUUGUUCUUUUUACACUGAACACAGCUAUUAGCAGAGCAGACUUUUUCUAUUAUUUUGAAAAAAACAAUUCUGGCAUUCGUUAAAUUAUUAUUAAAUUUUACAGUUUUUCAUGAAUGUGUGUUCAGUAAAAGCAAAAUAUUAAUUUGACUAAAACGAAACAGAUUUUAUUUUCUUGAAGCAUUGUUGGUGGUGUAAUCAUACACGUAGCAUAUUAUAUUCUAUAGGCUGUUGCUUACUGGUAUUGUUUCAGACAGUAUUAAUAAAAUGCAUGAUCUGUCUUUCAAAAGCCUGUUGAGAAAUUUUAAGUCGCUGACCUGAAAUGUCAAGAGUGAGGGAGCUGAUUGUCCUCCAGAGGAGAAACUUGUUCUCUGACCUUUCAGAUGACUUGUAACUGCACUGGAAAUUGUUUUGGCUAAAGAUGUCUGUAGAAGAUUAUGGGUGUUUUGUUCCUAAAACUUGUUUUAAAUGUUUUCUGUAGCUUUCAGUUCCAUUUAGGAGCUUUCUAGGACCUUGAUGCUUUAAGCUUCCCUUUUAUAUUUGGUUCCAGUCUGGUAUGGAUUUGGUUAAGGAAAAGACUGUCUUGGUGUCGUGAGUUUAAGAUACAGACACACACAUUUUAUUGUGUCUAGAAAUGAAAUUAGGAAGAUUCUGAUAUUUCUGAAAUAUGCAUUUAAUGCAUAAAUUACAGAUAACAGAGCAGGUCUUAGUAAAAUGUUUUCUGGCGGAGGGUAUGGAUGCUAUUUCCACCUGUAAGGCAAGUUCUAACUACACGUGGAAAUGCUAAGGUUGUUCUGCUUAACCUUGUUUUCUAUUUUUAAGCACGUUCAGUAAAUGGGAAGCUUAUUCUUUGAUGUGCUGUCUUUUAACUGUGUCUGUUUUUAUUUUGAAACUUACUCCUAGUGUUGGAAGCUUUCUUCUAUGUGUGGUACCUUGCGUUGGCUUUGGAAGAGAGGAUAAGCCGGUGGAUGACCUUAAUUAACUCUAGUUAGCAGAAAUGUCCAGUGUGUGAGUAAUUAUACCCAUUCUGGGUAACCAUGGCAUUUACAAUGGGUUGUAUUUGCCAGGCAGCGAAUAAAUUGCUUGUAGUACUGAAAGAACCUAGACUAGAGGUUUUCCACCGGCCAACUGAAUAUUUUUAGGUGGAUUCUAUUGUAAUACACAAGAGAUGGAACACGGGCUCUAACUUCUCAGCCAGCAGCAGGAAAUACCACUGAAUAAUGGCUAUAGACAGGAUUUUACAGGUCAGAUUUUGUUAUAAAAUCUUUUAAACUUUGGCAGGUAUUACCAGUAGUGAACUUAUAGCCAUUGGGGAUGCAGAGAAACACUUGGAAGUUUUUCUGAGCACUGUGGCACAGUAUUUUCAGUCCUUAGUGAAACUACAGACACACAGCUCUAGAAGGAGAAAAUUAGAAGUGAGCUUCCUUGGAAUGCUUCUAAUGAGUCGAAUGCGAGAACACCUCGUUUUACCUUAAGUUUGAUAAGGUUAACACUGAUCAGUCUAGAUCUCUGUUUCAGAAGACAACCCGAAAUUCUAUUUUCAUGAGAUGCAGCUACAAGUCAUCUGGAGUCCUAAAGAAAACCAGGUUUUUGCUUCAAAGGAAAAUAUUGUAUUUGUCAGAGUGAGUGUGGUGGUUACACCGUUUAUGGAGGUCAGUUAUCUUUUCUGGAUUCGCGUGUGAUUCUGACGAAAUCGCUGUUUGGAGGUAAUAGGAUAAUACUUUUGAGAAGUUGUGUUCAUAGUGUAACAAAAUAGCUAAUGGAAUCGCAAUAUAUUUUUUUAUCCAAAGGGUUAAAUGAAUGAUGUGACUUACAGAUUUAAAAGCAUUACAACCAUGAAAUUCUUUAAUUUAACAAUUAAAUGUACUACUUCAGGUUCAUGUCUGUUUAAAAAGAAAUGUCACUGAAGCCCUCAAUUGAUGCACUUUUUCUUCGCAUGGGACGGAGGAGAAAAAAGACUUUUCUUAGCUGUCUACUUUGUUUGGACACUUUCUUUUGUGGCUCAAUUGCUGUUUUGUGUGUUGGGACCAAACAGUUGUGUCAAUAAAAUUUUCAAGCAAGCAUAA